GACGCUGCAGUCAGGCGCAGUCGGCCCGUGUCUCCGUAGCGACAACAGGUCUUUCGUCAUGGCUUUCUUCUCCCAUCUCUCCCGGCGGUCCCUCUCCCAGACAGCAGCCAUGGCCAACGCGAUGAAGAACGUCACGGUGAUCGGCAGCGGCCUUAUGGGUGCCGGAAUCGCCCAGGUAGCAGCGCAAACGGGCCACACCGUGACCAUGGUGGACAUCGACCCUGUGGCCGUGGAGAAGGCUCAGAAGAGAAUCGCUGACUCCAUCGGUCGAGUGGCCAAGAAGAAGUUUGGCGAGGGGGACGAAGCCAGCAAGUUUAUCAGUGAGUCAGUGGGUCGCCUUAGAACUUCAACUGAUGCUGUGGCUUCUGUGGAGUCGGCUGACCUCGUAGUGGAAGCCAUUGUGGAAAACUUGAAAGUGAAGAAGGAACUUUUUUCAAAGCUUGAUAAUGCUGCUCCUGAGCACACCAUCUUUGCAUCCAACACCUCAUCACUGGCCAUUGCAAAAAUUGCCGAAGCAACCAACCGCCGGGAUCGCUUUGGUGGGCUUCACUUCUUCAACCCAGUCCCUGUGAUGAAGCUCCUGGAGAUUGUGCGCAUUCCUGAGACCUCUGAUGCCACCUACAAUGCCAUGAAGGGCUGGGGCAAGGCCAUGGGCAAGGUGACUGUGGAGUGCAAGGACACGCCUGGCUUCAUUGUCAACCGCCUGCUGGUUCCCUACAUGUUUGAGGCUGUCAGACUUGUGGAGCGAGGAGAUGCAAGUCCUAGAGAUGUUGACACUGCCAUGAAGCUGGGAGCAGGUCACCCCAUGGGGCCCUUUGAGCUGAUGGAUUACGUUGGUUUGGAUGUUGGAAAGUUCAUCAUUGACGGCUGGCACAAGGAUUUCCCAGACGUGGAGUCCUUCAAACCUUCUCCGCUGCUGGAGAAGUUGGUGUCAGAAGGUAAACUUGGCGUCAAGACUGGUGAAGGCUUCUACAGCUACAAGAAAUAAUUGCUUUCACUGAGCAGCAAACAGCAUGUGUAGUCUUGUCGGUGGUGUCAUUUAGCCAUUAGUACUCCAUCAUUGAUUUCUCAUUAAGUUCAAGGAAAUAGAAAAAUCUCUACCCCAUCAUUUACAUUGACCUUUAAAAAGAAAAGUGCAUUUAUUUGUUGUUGUAGUGUGUGUACAUCUGUUAUUAGUAGUUCAACAAACUCCACCAUUGUAAAUUAACUAGAAAGGAGUUUGAAACCAUCAAUGCAAUUUAGGUAUAAAGAGUCAUUUACAUUGUUAAAAAAUUAAUAUAUUUUUAAGAAUGUACUAUCAAUAAAGAUGUAUUUUGC